UCAUAGAGCGACGCCAUCCCUGCAAACACAUUCAAGUACUCUCAUUGCUGCGUUGAAAUUCCCUUCUCAAACUAAUAAACAUCUCAGACACGUAACACCAAAACAGACCAUAUAUGUCUCUUCCAACACUCGUAGAUACUAAGGAAAACACCACCAACACUACUUUCCCUAAACUCAAGAUCAAAGAUGGAGGAACACCCUCUUCUUCAGGAGCUCCUUCUUCUUCACGCAACUCUUUCCCUCCCAUAACACAUAACACAGAAGAUAGCGAUGAAGACGUGUUCACUGUUCCAGAUGUGGAAACUGCAGCAAGUGUAGAUUGUGCAGGAAGAAAUCCAUGUAGCAGUAAUGUUAAUGAAAGUAACUCGACAGAUCCACAGAUACAUUAUUGUGGUUUCCCUGGAAAACGGCGUCAGGGAAGAAACCCUGUCGACAAAGAGCAUAGACGCCACAAACGGUAUGUACGCAAAUACAUUUAUCUGCAACUGCAAAACAAAAUGCAAAACCUAGCUACUUCAUAUUUUAGCAGCAAAAUAAAGGUUAAAUUUUGAACUUCAGACUUCAUUAUUU